UGGCACCCAGGAAUUAGUUUAGUGGAGGAAUUCGUUCUUUAGUAGUUUUGAAUGUGACUCACUUUUUUCUUAGCUUCAUCUGCAAGGUUCAGUUUCAGCGCAGAUCAUUCGGUUGUUCCUGUUCCGGCAGUUUCCCGCAUCAAAAGGCUAGCCGGCUGUUUCGUUUGUGGGAAAUUUAAUUAGUGAAGACCCCAAAAGGUCAACUAACGCGGGUGGAGUGCGUGAAACUCUAUUAAUUAGAUUUAGAUCCUCUCCGCCUCGACGGCCGCCGGUCAUUCCCGUUAUGUAAAGCAACCAGCGGGAAUCGACGGCCAAGAACGAAAUGAUCAUUUAGCGGAUAAUCUAGCGCACUAAAAGGACACCGAGAACGCGUGAGCAGUCCCCGAUCCGGACCUGAGCGAAAGCCAUGCUGCCACGAAUUUGUGUAAAGUUCAAGCUAAAGUACUUCCUGGCCUCCGUGGGCGGCCUGUACUUGCUGUACUUUUUCGGUGCAUUCACGCACUUCUUCGAGAAGGAUUUCGAGGCCACGUUCGACUACCCGCUCAACGGUGACAUUCUGUCCGAUGUGUACCAGUUACGCCAUGGCCAGCAACCGGCACGCCAGCCAAUUAAUCGCUACAAUUACACCUACAUCACGAGCUGCGAGCACAAGUGCAAAGAGGACGAUCGGUUGAUGGCUCCGCGGCUCGUUUUUAUCGUAAAAUCUGCCAUCGAACACUUUGAUCGCCGAGCGGCGAUCCGCAAGAGCUGGGGAUAUGAGCGAAGGUUCGCCGACGUCAAGAUACGGACCGUGUUCAUGCUUGGCCGGUCACGGAUCGUGCCCAACCGGCGGCUUCAAUCGCUGGUCGAUCUCGAGUACAGCACGUACCGGGACAUCGUGCAGGGAGACUUCGUGGACGAGUACUUCAACAACACGAUUAAAACGAUGAUGGGCUUCCGGUGGGCCGUCACCUACUGUCCACGGGCCAAAUUUUACAUGUUUGCGGACGAUGAUUUCUACGUUUCGGCCAAGAACCUGCUCCGAUACGUCCGCAAUCCCGUCAACUAUCCCGAGUAUCUCGAGGAAACGGACGAAGCACUGCGAAAGCUGGCACGCCGGUUAGCACACACGACGGAGCGCAACGGAACGGCCGAUCAGUCAGUGAGUCCGUUACCGACGGGGGCUGUAGCUGUAGCGAAGGAUCGCACCAAGCGGCAACUGAUGCAGGAUAUGGAGCUGCCACCAAAUGUGAAACUUUUUUCCGGAUUCGUGUUCCGAUCGGCACCUCAUCGCCAUCGAAGCAGCAAGUGGUACGUGUCACUCGAAGAGUACCCAUGGGAUAUGUGGCCUACGUACGUCACGGCUGGAGCGUUUCUCCUUUCACACGAGGCACUCUUCGAGAUGUACUACGUUAGUAUGUACACGAAACACUUUCGUUUCGAUGAUAUCUUUCUAGGAAUUGUGGCGAUGAAGGCCGGCAUCGAGCCACUGCAUUCGGAGGAGUUUUACUUCCACAAGGCACCAUAUCUUGGGCCACAGAGCUACAAGUACGUGCUGGCAACGCACGGAUACGACGAUUUGACUGAAAUGACCAAAGUGUGGAACGAAGUGCGAGCUUCCGGGUACGCGUAGAGCACUAAACAUCGAACGUAAUCCCCAUCCUCACAAGCGUUUCCAGGAGAACUGGAAUUCAUAAGAUAGUUCGGUAGUUUGUUAGUUAGCGGUUUACUUCCCCCCCAUUUGUCCCACCAAUUACGGUUAACGGAACGCGGGUCCAAAGAGUUGUGCGAAGAUGACCGAAGGUGACGCCUACGGGGCCUCACCGACCCGUUUCCCGCUAGCAGGAUCGAAGACGUUUCGUAGGCUCUUAGCGUUUUUGGAAUUGAUCGUAAGCUCGAGUACCCUAGCCGGGAUAAAUAGAUAGAACCCCCGUGUAGAGGUGUUUCCGUUCUCGGUUUUCUAGCUCGUUCGGGUGGCUCUUCCCCGUGAUAGGACUGUUAUCAGGUAGUGCAACGAAGCAUUUGUCUUGUGUUUUUCUUUCCAUCUGGACUAGAAACUGGGUACUUUCGAACGAUAGGCUAGGACGUAGUUUGAGGUUGGUAGUGUUUUACUCGAAGCAGUGUUUUUGCUCGUAUUUAUCUUUCCUAUAAACCGAAAUGUGAUAGCAUUGUGCAGUGGAACACUAAUAAAAGCAAAUCUUUAA